AUGGAAGCUCCAGAUUUUGAGGCCAAGAAGCGCCGCAAGCGCAGCGAUUUUGGCUACCACCAAGUACACCAGACAAGAUGGUUUGAUAAUGACAUGUAUGCGCAUCUGAAUAACACCGUUUACACUGCCCUCUUCGAUACCAUCGCAAACGCCUACCUGAUCGAGCACUGUGGCAGGAAUCCCUUUAGUGUCAACAACCCUACUCCCACGAGCGUGAGCGGGCAACCAUCCAAUUUAAGCGUUGGUGAUGACCAGAUUGGACUUAUUGUCUCCACUCACUGUGACUUCUUCGCGUCGGUGGCAUUCCCGGACGUAUUGGAGGUGGGUCUGCGGGUCGCCAAGCUGGGCUCGUCUAGCGUCACAUGGGAGAUCGGGGUGUUCCGCAAGGGCGAGGAGGAUGUAAAAAUGGUUGGCACAUAUACCCAUGUUUUUGUUCUGCGCGAGACAAUGCGCGUUGGGAAGGGUGGCAUGGUGAAGCAGGUGCGCCAAGGACUGGAGAAGCUGCUGGGUCCGCCGGAGGCUAAGCUGUGA